AUUUCUCAACGUUGGAUUCUUUUCACGGCGGCGAAAUGGCGAUGCGUCUUUCUUUCCCGACCACGCACCGCCGUAUCCCAACGCUCCCGAGCUUCGCCUCUUUCACUCCAAGGAGGCGAAAUGUCGCGAUGGCGUCGGCAAAGAGAAGUCCCAAGCGACUCAAAUACUCGACUCCGCGAUUCAGUAAGGAGGGGGAGUUUGUGUCGAUAGAGGUGGACCCUUCAGGUGCUGAUUCGUGGAAACUAGAACCUGUUAUUGAGCUUCUCAAACAAGGAGCCGUUGGUGUUAUCCCAACUGAUACAGUCUAUGCAAUAGUUUGUGAUUGUAAGAACCACUCCGCUGUAGAACGUCUCCGAAGGAUUAAAAAGAUUGAAUCUUCCAAGCCACUUAGUAUAUUAUGCCGUUCCUUAAGGGACAUAGACACAUAUACAAUGGGGUUCCCUCGUGGUGAUGGUCAUGGGCAUGCUAACGUUUUUCGUGCUGUCAAGCAGUGCUUGCCUGGACCUUACACCUUCAUUUUGACUGCAAGCAAAGAGUUACCGAAACAAUGCGUAGGGUAUGGAACGACAAGUGUGAAGUAUGCUUCAAGGAAGAACGUGGGUGUACGCAUUUCAGAUGAUGCUCUCUGCCAAGCUAUUCUGCUGGCCUUGGAUGCCCCUUUGAUUUGCACCAGUGUGAAGGGGGCAAAAGAAAAUGAAUGGAUGAUUGAUCCAACCGCAAUUGGUGACAUAUAUGGACCAGAGGGUCUGGAUUUUGUGGUAGAUGGAGGUGUGCGAGUGGCAGAACCAUCAACUAUUGUUGAUAUGACAGGACCAUAUCCCAAGGUCAUACGUGAAGGCAAGGGACCUAUAUUGCCAUGGAUGGUGGUUGAAGACGAUGACGACUCUCUCCUGCGCCAAGACCUUAUCGCUUCUGGAACUUGAAAAAAAAAAAAAACAAUACAGAGACUCCUUUGUUUUGCAUCUAGACCCAUGUAGCUAAGCUGUAUGAGAUUAUGUGAAUACAAACUUUACGAAUGUGAA